UAAAGCUACUACAAGUAACUUUAGCUGUUUGUGGAUUGUGGUUACCCUUUUGGACAAAAUAUGAGGCUGCUGAACUUUUCUCAGACUGUGAGACCCCUGAACUCAUCCUAUGCACUCAGCCAUAAAAAAUAGUUUUAAUUUUAUGACUCAUCCAAACUGGAUAAGUUGAAAUCUGACUUGGUGAUGAGCAUUAUGAUUAACUAUAAUAUUAACAUUGAUAUAGCCAUUGUCGCUGAUGGUUUGCCUUUGAAUGUCAUAUAGAGGCAUCAAUAUUAAGAUUGAGACUGUUUCAUAACCAGUUAAUUGUUCCCUUGUAGUACAUUUAAGAUAAUUAUCUGAACCAAAAGUUAUUUGAAAUGAUUUUAUCUAAAGGGGCUCUGUGGAACGUGGGCAGAGAGAGGCACUGAGACGAGGCACUCGAGAACACGCGUUAAGUCACAUCCUUUGGACUGUUGCAGAAAAAGCCAAUUUGAGUCCUUCACAAAAAGUCCACAGUCCAUCUGCAUUCAACAACGAAAACAAUCAUCCACAGGUUUAAGUAAAUGAGAGACAAGGGAAGGUGUCUUUUUUCAUGUGAUGUCACAAACCACUCAGGUGUGGCCCAUGGAAAAAAAGGAAUGAUACAUAUACAGUACAUUGCUACAGCUUGUUACAUAGAGCCCCUUUAUUGUCAUUGUUUUAGCUGUUUGCUGUAUGUCAGUGGUUUCUAACCUUGAAAUAACAUCUACAUGCAACUCAUUAUUACAGGUCAGGGCCUUAGUGUGGACAUGAGGCGUGAGUGGUUCAACCAGAGUGAGUUUUUCUUCCCUUCCGUGAUUGUUUACAAUCUAAAGACUUGAGGAGGUAAAAGUAUAAAUUAUUUCACAAGAAAACUGUAUCCUCAAUUUUUUUAUGUUCAGCACCACCGCUGAAUGUAUUCAGGAACUUCCACCGUGACAGACUUUGAACCUUACAUUUCAUGCUGUUGUUAACUGAAAUAUUCUGUUUUGUUCCUGAAUGUAAACAUGGCAAACAUAACCACUUUUGGCAGUCUACCACAGAGAGCUUUCGGAGAAAGCCUACACAGUGUUUGAUCAGAGUGUUUUCAGCAGCAUCAAUGGUAAACAUCUGUUCAGUGUCAGACAUUAAUGAACCAAUCCUUUGUGUUGGGAUUUGAUUCACAAUCUGACACGGGGAAGUGCUCCUGCACAGCUGCAGUCAUGGUCGUCCAUAUUGGAAACCACAAAGAGCAGAAUAAAACAGAAGAACUGUUCCAGUAACAAAGGAUGGAUGAUUCUUGCAAACAGCUCAACACAAACCUAAAUUAAUGGUUAGUGAUUUGUUCAUAUUUUCAUUCAGAUUUCGUAGGAUACAAUGCAGCAUAUUUUAGAUGUGUCUCCACAAAUACAUUUGAUGAAACACUUGUCUUUGUCAGCUCCUGUCUUUAUUUCUUGAGAUAAGUUGUAAUGUCCUUGACAGGAGUCCUUGAAGCGAGCGUAAAUAAAAAAAAAAAGUGACUUGAAACAAAUUCGUCAAGAACUUUUGAACAGGAGUCAAGAAGAGUGCGUAUGAAAGAAAACAGAGUUCUGUCAUUUGAGAGAGAUUUUCAAAAGUGGGUCUCUGUUCAGAUUUCCAUUGUCAAAUGAAAGCGCUUCAUUUUCGCUCACUUGCCCUUGCAUUCUCUUCCUGUGCCUGUAUCUCUUUCCUUCCCAGUCACAGCUAAGAUCCAUACCAUUUUUCCCCCCAUUCCAGCAACUUCAUUCUUCUCCUGGUAUAAUAGUGGAUUCUCCAUGGUGGAUUUUGUGGUGGGCUAUUUCAGGCUCUGUGCUGGCUCCUACAUGCACCACUGUAAUCCAAUUGUGAUAGUGUUAAUUUUUAAAGCUUUAUUAUUGAAAUUGCUGAGACCUAAUUUUGUGAUCCUGUCACCGUUGACGACCGCUGUAAUCAGCUAAUAUAAGUUAUUCCAGGCCAUUAAGUCACUCUCAGGGAUUGGUCGUGGUCAGUGAAGCAGCGGGGAGGGACGGGAAUGAUAAUAUCUGUCUGGGAUGUAUAGCUUGUGUGCGCAUUGGUGCUUGCAGUCAUACAGGCAAUCUAUUUGUCUCAGUUUAACAAAUCCCAGAGAGACUUUUUUUUCCCCUCUUUUGUUACGUGUGUGUGUUCAGCUAUGAGUGACCAAUGGGAAGUCCUCUCAAAGGGGUUUGAAUGGUACUAUAAAGCUUUGCCUGUGUGUGUUUUAUUUUUGUUUGGGUCCAGGUUCACGUCAGUGCUUUUGAAACUUGUUUCAAUGCAAGAACACUUUUAUGAGUGGCAGUAGAAUACUAAUGUUCCUGUGAGUUGUGUUGCUGUUACUAUGGUGUGUGUGUGUGUGUGUGUGUGUGUGUGUGCGUGGGGGUAUUGUACCUCACACAGAUUAUUUUCUCUCCAGUGACUAAUCUGUGAAUAGACGUAACACACACGCACACUCACAUUGUGUUACAUACAGGCGAUGCGGCCUGGACUCACAAACAACUCUUUUUGACUACUUGGUUGCCAGGAAACUUCGCCUGAGUCUUUGAGAGUGAGGGAUAAUAAAAGGAAAGAAGUGUGUAUGUGUGUGUGUGUGUGUGUGUGUGUGUGUGUGUGUGUGUGUGUGUGUGUGUGUGUGUGUGUGUGUGUGUGUGUGUGCAUGCGUGUGUAUCUGGCCUCUGCCACUGUCUGAGCUACUGGGGGCAGUUAGUUAACUCUGUUCGGGGGUGUGUGUGCUGCAGCCGGGGCUGUUAGCGUUGAUUGCCUCUCAGAUAUCACCAGCUUAGACAAACCUCUGGACACAAAGCUCUGGGCUUCCUUGAAGCAGCUGAAUCUCCAACAGACGAGGCCGAGCUGAGGCUGAGACAGACCAACCCGAGGCUGAGGAUUUGUUUAAAAUGUUAUAGUUUUUUUUAAAGAAUUAAAAAGGAUGGGUUUCAACACCUGCAAGCAUGGAGGACUGAGGCAGUUUACUCUGGACACCUAUUGUGGACUGAGAGGAUGAAAUUGUCCUUGAAAACAGGUACAGCUAAUCCGACAGUGAUGUUGCCAGGCCAAGAGCCUGUCAUUAUGCUGCCUGGUGCUGAGAAGACUUUCUGGACAGUUUGACUGGAAUGGCUGAUACUCUGUGCAACUUUAAUAAACCACAGAUAGAAAUCCAGUAGUGACAGUUUGGAGAGACCUGAAGCGGCCGUCUAAGACGAGGAGAGGCACCCUGGGUCUGCACUGUGAUCAUGGGAACGAGGAUGGAGGUGGCACAGCUUGAGAGCAGGAUGAACACUGACGACUAUAGAAAGCUACAGGGGCUUUUUCUGGACCCCUCGGGUGAAUCUCGCUCCCUGUCCAGAGCUGAGUUCAUUCAUAUGGCUUGGUCAUCGGUUGGCCGUGGUUCCAAGGAGGAAUACGGCCUGUUGUUCGACAGCGUGGUCAUCACUCAGGAGCACCGAGGCCUGCUCCUGGACAUCGACGCUGUGAAAGAAGAAGGGCGUGUCGACUGGGGAGGUCUGUGCUCUUUUCUGCUGAUGGAGCUCUCCGACAAAGUGAAGAGCACCAGAACCAGCAGCGUGCCUUGCUGGAAGCCGCCGCGCACUUUGACCUGUCCACACCGAGACCCGGUCCAAAAGGUGUUGCACCUGCAGAGUUUGGGUCAGUAUCUGACUGUGAGUAAAGGAGGAACUGUGGGGCUGCGGGACGGAGAGGACAUGUCCCUUCUGCACACGCAUCGAUUGCAAAACAGCACAGUCGCACCCAAAGACCUCUGGGUCACCGAUACGGUGCUGCUGCACAACGUGCACAAGAUAGCUGUGUCUUUCACAAGUAAGGAGGUGUGUUUUUAUGACAUACUGUCUACACAGGACUUCAGCUGCAAAUAUAAACUCAAGGGUUUGAAGUUUACACCCUGGUGCCUGGACUACUGGGUGGAUCCCUCUCACCUGGACCAGGCUGUCCUCACCAUAGGAGACAUUGGAGGACAGGUGAGUGCUAUAUAUUUUACCUCAGCUGAUAUCUCUCUGUUCGAGAGGCUCAGUCUGAGGACUGACUCAGAUUCAGCAGAAAUCAUCCUAUGGGACGAGCUGGUCGAAGGAAAGCAUCGCUCCUGCUACACUGUGACACACCAUGCACACAUGCCUGCCUGGGUUAGAAAAGUACAUUACCUGGGCUUGCUGGAAGCCUUUGUGUCGUGCAGCACCAGACCGCAGAGCAGCAUGGUGAUCGGCUGGAGGGAAAAGGAAAGCAGGAGUCUGCGAGUCACUUCUUUCUUAACGAAGAGGGGUGUGUGGGACAUGGACCACCACCAAGGACUCAAUCUUAUAGCUACAGCGGGUGUGGAUCAUCAGGUCUUGCUGUGGAACCCUUACGUGACCUCAAAACCAGUUUGUGCGCUCAGCGGGCACACGAGCCCUGUCACCGCAGUUCGCUUCAUGCAGACCAAGCAACAACUGCUCAGCUACUCCAAAGAUAAGGUCCUGUGUCUGUGGGAUGUAUCGAGUCAGCUGUGUGUCCACCGUCUGGCUGGUGUUUUCCCAAACACGCAAGAGGACACACACACCCUCCUCUUCCUCCACGAAGAGCAGCAACUCCUCCUGCUCUCCUUCAACAGUCUCCUCCUCCUGCUGGAGACGGUGAAGGAGGAGAAGAGGACCAGCAGCCACGAACACCCUGUUACCUGUGUGUUGUAUAAUAGUCUGUUCAGACAGGUAGUCAGCAGCGACUCUGCCUCGUCUGUGAUCUGCUGGCUUGCUGACACGGGCCAAAAGGUCAAAGAGUUUCACCAUUGCCAUGGCAACGCAGACAUCACCACCAUGGCCCUGGAUGGUACGCAGACCCGGUUGUUUACUGCAGGCACUGAUGGGGAGGUUAAAGUGUGGGACUUUAAUGGACGCUGCCUCCACAGGAUGAAUGCUGGUAUGGGUCGGGCUGUUGAAAUCUCCCAGGUUCUGCUAUUGAAGAGGAGUAUACUGGCAAUGGGCUGGGAAAGGAUGUUAACAGUUUUCCGUCUGCAUUCCUUCUCGCAGUCUUUUGUUGAACCGUCAGAGUGGAGGGGAGGCGCUCAGCAUCGCAGUGACGUGCUCUGUGCAGCCUUCCAGCCUCCACAGACUCUGGUCACAGGAAGCUACGACGGAGAGAUUAUAGUGUGGAACAACAGCACAGAAAAGGCUUUGAGGAAACUGCGGCCACAUUCUGAGCACGGGGAAGGUCAUUUCCUCAGUUCCCACUUCGUCGUGAAUGGCAAAGAAGACUCCGAUAACUCCAUUGCCAUCACCAGAUUGUUCUUCAUACCGGGACGCGCGUCAGGUGGUGCAGACUUGGUGUCCUGUGGAGGUUCGGGUGUGGUCAGAGUCUGGAGCACCGCCCGCAGCUGUCUGGUGGGACAGUUCACAGCUCACCACAGAGACCUGGGCUCUGUUGUUAUGACUGUGAGCCCCUGCGGAAAAUAUCUAGUCACCGCUGACAGAGAGGGAACACUCAAGACGUGGGACAUACAGCAUUAUUGUCUCCAACCAGAUGACGGAGUGACCACGGAGCCUCCAAAACUGCUGCGCUGUUUCCAGCCACACUUCGAUCGCGUGACUCACCUGGAGGUGUUUUUCCAAGACGAUAGCCUCCUCCUCCUCUCUGCGUCGUCGGACUGCAGCGUGGCUCUUAGCUACCUGCCCGGAGACACCGUUGGUCUGUUCAGACAGGAGGAGCAGUGGUGCUUGGAGAGACCUCGGCACCCACAGCAGGAACCAGAGCGGGACCGGGGAGAACACGGAGGACAAGAAGACUGCGGAGAGGGAGGGAAGAAAUCACCUCCAGCUGCCAGUGAGAGGUCCCAAGGAUCUGGCACCUCUGCAGAGGUUGGAGAGGGAGAACUGAACUGAAAUACUUUAACUUUUCUUGCAAGGAUUUGGCAAGUUGGAUUGAUAUAAUUUACUCUAUGUUAUAUAUAUAUUUCAACAGAUACAGGAAGAGAACUAGACCAUUGUCUGCCAUGUAGUCACAAAAACUUGAGUCAGAAAAACGCCACUAAAUUGGAGCUUUUUUUCUCACAUUUUUCAUUUCUCUGCCUCGGGACACUGUGCUGUGUAACAGGGACCGCCUUUCACAGCGGCAAAGAAUGAAAUAGCCUUUGUGAUGCUCCCAGAUUCUUACUCUGAUGCUUGGAGAACAGAAAGAUCACAUUCAACAUGAUUUUUGGGGGAGAAUUACAGUGUGCCUCAUGGUUUGAAAGUGAUUGCGCUGAUGUAACAUGAAAGUUGGUAAAAAUUGAUAGUCUUCACUGCAGCUCUCAAAGUCAGUCUACUAUUCGUUGCUAUGUAGUAGCUUCGGGCUGGUGCAUAGAUUUGCCAACACACAUAAGAGGUUUGGAUACUCUGGUUUUCCAGUUUUUAUUAUCAUUAAAAUAAGACUUAAACAUGA